AUGAGGCCGCCGCGCGGAAAAGAACAACGGCAGGGAAGCCCGCGGCGACAACGCGAGACGGAGCAACGCGACGCACGCCGCUGUCCUCAUUCGUUAAUUUUCUCUCUCCUCGUGAUUUUUCUUUUCCUCCUGUUUAUAUGUCUUCCUUUCUAUACAAACUGGCUGGAACAUCAAAUACUCGCCCCUUUGUGUCAGAAGAAAAUGUGUAACGCCCAGAGCUACAAAAGACGUCUGCUUUCCCUUAUUUUUUGCAUAAAUUCUUUUAUGUUUGGUUUUGUUUACUUUGUCUCGCAUAUGUUUCCUUUUUCGCUUUCUUUCUUUUAUUUCCCACUGAUUUUCUCCCUCCUUCUCUCUCCCUUCAUCCUUUUAUCCAAUAUCUUACUCUUUCUUCCUCAAUGUAAAUCUCCCUCUAUCUCUCUAUCUUACCAGUUCUUAUCUAAAUGCCAGCUAUUCCACUUGCUUGAAAUUUCUUUCUCCAGUUCUCUUCCGUUUUCCGUUUCUUUUCUUUUUUCUACCCUUUCCUUCUCGAAAACUCUAUGA